AUUUCUCUGUUAUUUGUGCUGGAUUACCAUCAAAUAUUUUCCUCCGUAUCCUCCUUGCUCCCGCAGUUCCUCCUCUCCCACCCACCCCAGUUUCUAAUUGGAUUUCAUUACCAUUUCCUUUCAGUUUUUCCCAGCCAGACACUCUGGUUGGGAGGAACAGCUUUAGCUGGAUUCUCCUCGGCACUCACGAACAUCAGCAGCAGGAGCAGCAGCUCUCAGAGACUUCACUACAUCAGCCACCGUGACACUGCAAUGACCUCACUCAGGCUCUUACCCUUGUUGCACUCCCUCCUCAUCCUACAAGUCCACCUUUCCGACCAGUUAGAAGACAACAAGAUCCCACCCAGUCUGUGUACUGGUCACCCCGGUAUCCCCGGCUCUCCUGGAGUUCAUGGCAGUCCUGGUCAGCCGGGGAGAGACGGGAGGGAUGGGAGAGAUGCUGCUCCGGCGGAGAAGGGAGAGAAGGGGAACAGGGGAGAACCAGGUGAGACAGGUGUGCGAGGCCUGACUGGAGACAGAGGUGAAGCAGGACAAAAGGGGGACAGAGGGCAGGCAGGAGAGUGCGCUGUGGCCCCAAAAUCAGCCUUCAGUGCCAAACUAUCUGAUGGCCUCACUUUGCCCCUCAAUGUGGGCGAUGCAGUGCGCUUUGACAAGAUCAUACUGAAUGAACAGGGCGACUACAACACAGAGACAGGACGCUUCACCUGCAAAGUCCCCGGAGUCUACUACUUUGCCGUCCACGCCACAGUCUACCGUGCCAGCCUGCAGUUUGACCUGAUGAAGAACGGACACACAGUGGCAUCUUAUUUUCAGUUUUAUGGAAACUGGCCCAAACCGGCGUCUCUGUCAGGGGGCUCCCUGCUCCACCUCGUCCCUGGUGACCAGGUGUGGGUCCAGAUGGCUCUGUCAGAGUACAAUGGAUUUUACUCGAGCACCAAGACAGACAGCACCUUCACUGGCUUCCUUGUGUACUCAUACUGGAAACACUCUGCUGUGUUUGAAUGACAUGUGCUAAUGUACAAAACAAAGUCAUAUUCCCCUGUGGGAAAUGAACCACAACCUAUUUUUUGCCUAUUUUAUUUUCCUAAUUGAGAUGUUCUGGAUGAUGACAAGUGAAUCGGCUGUGACGUGGUACAGCUGUAUUUGUGUAAUAAGUAAAAUAACACACCAGACAAUGUUACUUGAAUGGCACAUACCGUACUGGUGAAGUGUGAGGUACAUACACUGACCAGCAAUGUUUAUUCAGUGUCUGUUCUUCAGUUGCAGCUUUUAAACUGUUGUGGCAGUUAAUUCUUGUACCAGAUGUUGUGACAGCGGCCUCCAGCCAACUCCAGGCCACAAAUUCAAACAGCUUUUAUGCUAUUAUUGCACUUUUUUUCUCAUCAGUUUCUGCACAGCGAACAUGAAACAUGAAUAAACCAUUUCAGUUUUUAAAACA